GUAAUUUUUUUCCCUUCAACCACCGUCUCCCUCUCUUAUAGGUGAAAACCAUGACUGACCCUGUUGAUGGUACUGAGCAAUCAGACCUUGACAGAGAACUUUGUAUUAAGUGUGUCACCUCAGUCACACAGGACAGCAUCUAUAUCGACAAGGAAACUUCUUUCCCUGUCCAUCUGUUUUCUGGAGAAUUCAUGCCUUACACAGGAGACUUGUUGCUGGUUGAGUAUUCCAUGAAGACAGGCACGUCAAACACGAACAUCCACACCGUGAGCCCCUUAAGCUCCCAGAAUAUGGAUGAGGUCUGUGUUACCAGUACUGAUGGAAAAACUGGUGUGGUGGAAUCCUGUGUCUUUUUUACUGUGGAUUCCCUCCAGAAGCCUACUGAUUAUACUCCGGGAUUGUAUGACAUCGUGAAUGUGGUUGCUGUGGACAGCAUUCAACCACACUGUUCUUGGAGAGCAGUAUCAAUGAUCCCAGUGGAAAUGUAAAUUGACCAAGCCUUGUAAUUCACUAUUAUUUCGAAGGCUCUGGGUUAAUAAAACAAAAUGAGCAUGUAAUC